AUGGCCUCCUACUUGAUCACCGGAGCCUCGCGAGGCAUUGGCCUUGCCAUGGCCGACCUCCUUGCCUCCAAGCCCGUUUCGGAGGUGUCUACUAUCAUCGCCGCGUUCCGCACCGAGACCGAGGAGCUCAAGCAGUUGGUCUCCAAGCACUCUGGUCGGGUGCAGCAGGUCAAGAUCGAUGUGACCGACGAAUCCAGCACCAAGCAGGCCGCUGCUGAGGUGGAGAAGCAGCUCGACGGCAAGGGCCUCGAUGUGCUUGUGAACGGAGCCGGGAUUAUGAACUUCACUGCCAAUGGAAUUGAAACUAUGACGGACCUCGAAUCGACAUUUAAGACUAAUGUUACCAGCGCUCACCUGGUCACUGCUGCUUUCCUGCCGCUGCUCAAGAAGGGUAGCCUGAAGAAGGUUGCCAACAUCUCCACAACCCUGGGCUCCAUCGAGACGUCCUCCCACUACGCCCUGUUCCCCGUCCCAGCAUACAAGGUCUCCAAGGCCGCCCUGAACAUGUUGACUGUACAAUACGCCCAGUCCUUUGCCGAGCAAGGAUUUACUUUCCUGGCUAUCUCCCCCGGUUGGGUUCGAACCAACCUCGGUGGCGACGCGGCCGAUCUCUCGGUUGAGCAAAGCUCGACGGGCGUUCUGGAGAUUAUUGAUAACGCAACCAAGGCAGACAACGGGAAAUUCUACAACAUCAAAGUGCCCGGAUGGGAGAAUGCGGAGGGACUUAACCGUUACGAUGGUCUCCAGUAUCCUUGGUAG